AUUAUUAUUAUCAGCACUGGAGAAAUGACGAUAGUGUUGAAGUUGAACAACUAAAGAUAAGAAUAUCAGGUUGUAAAUCGGUAGGGAUACCGAAUGAUGGCAAUAUAGAUCUACCAUUAGCUCUUCUGGGAACCGAAAGUCACCUCCCCACGGCGAUUUCCUAGACAUUUCCUCAACAACUAAACUUGCACCAACUCCCUGAUAUGCGGUGAGACUCUGCUAGGUUGGGUGUACUAUGUCAUUAUAAUCCAUCACAUAUGAGAUCUUGGCCUUUCCACUCGCGGUAGACACGUUGAAGUCCUUCGAGCACCGCAACCAUGGGUGCCGGGCAGUCAUCGCAGAGCGACGCCGCCGCUGCGGUCGAUGUAGAGGUGAAGACGAGUUAUUACGAGCUGCUAGGCGUAGAGCGGGUAGCGACAGACGAUGAAAUCAAAAAAGCCUACCGCCGCAAAGCCCUCGAACUCCACCCCGACAAAAACCGCCACGACGAAGAAGCCGCCAACAAACGCUUUGCCGAAGUCCAAUCCGCCUACGAAGUCCUCUCCGAUCCGCACGAGCGCGCCUGGUACGAUUCCCACGAGAGCAACAUCCUCGGCGGCGGCGAUGGCGGCGCCCACGAGGACGUCCACUUCGAGCAGGACGUCCGCUUCACCACCGCCGAGGAGAUCCUCAUGACCACCCGGAAGUUCAACCGCGGCGUCGACUUCUCCGACGCCCCCUCCGGCUUCUACGGGUUCCUGCGCGACUUCUUCGAGAAGCUUGCCACCGAAGAGGACGUCGCCGCCACGCAAACCGGGGACGUCGAGAUCCCCGAAUACCCUCCCUUCGGCCACCGCGAGGACGACUACGACGACAUCGUCCGCCCCUUCUACGCUAUCUGGAGCGGCUUCUCGACCGCCAAGUCGUUCGCCUGGCGCGACAAAUACCGCCUAUCGGAAGCGCCCGACCGACGGUACCGGCGCGCGAUGGAGAAAGAAAAUAAGCGCCUCCGUGACGAGGCGAGCUGGGAGUUCAACGAUGCGGUGCGCACGCUCGUGGCGUUCGUGAAGCGGCGCGACCCACGGUAUCGGCCGAACGCGCAAACAGAGGAGGAGCGGCAAGCGGCACUGCGGGCGGCGGCAGCGGCGCAGGCGAGGCGGUCGAAGGCGGCGCACGAGGCGAAGAUCCGGGCUGGGGGGGAGGCAGUGCCGGAGUGGGCGCGGGCGCGUGAGAGGGACGAGGCGGAGGAGAGCGAGGAAGGGACGGAAGAGGAGGAGGAGUUUGAGUGUGUGGUGUGUAAGAAGCGGUUUAAGAGCGAGCGGCAGGUGGAAGCGCAUGAGAAGAGUAAGAAACAUUUGAAGGCAGUCCAGGCGUUGAGGAGGAAGAUGAGGGCGGAGGGGUUGGAUUUGGGGUUGGAUGGGGUAGGGAAGAGGACGUUUACGCCGAUGGAGGAGGAGAGGGAGGAGGGGGGUGGGGAUGGGCUGGCGGAGGUGGAUGCACAGGAGGAAGAUGUAGACCUCUCAGAGAAGGAACUCGAGCAUAAAGAUAUCGACGAAGCCAUGGAUUCCCUCGACAUCGACACAAAACCGCCCCCCGCUCCCGCCUCCGAUACCGACGAAGACUCCUCCUCCUCCGAAACCGACCUCCGCGACCGCUCCGACUCAUCAAUCACCUCUCUUGACCCCUCCAUCAACCCCUCCCUCAACCCCAUCCCUAAACCCCUCCCUACCCCCAAACUCGGUAAAGCCGCCCAAAAGCGCGCCAAACGCGCCGCCGCAGCUGCCACCACCGACGCCGAGGAACUGAAGUUCCAGUGCGCGGUCUGCAACGCAGCGUUUCCUUCGAAGACGCAGAUGUUUCAGCAUAUCAAGGAUUUAGGUCAUGCGGCGCUGAAGCCGGGUGGGGGGAAGGGGGGGAGGAAGAAGAGGUGA